CCCCGCCCCUCGGGGCUCCCGGAACUCUCCGCGCUCGUCUUUUGGGAGGCGCGGCAGGUUGAGCUUGCAGCCGGAGGCCUUGGUUGCUCGCUCUUUGCACGUCCACCCUCAACAGCUCUGGCGGCGGAGUCCCUGCCGGUGGCCGGAUUCCCAGACCCUGAUACAUUAUCAUGCAUCAUUCACAGAACAACUUUGUUAGAAAACAAAACAGGGUUAGUUUAACUUAAUGUCCCAGAGUAACAACAACACGGUGUAUAGUAGAAAGUUAUAUUUUCUAAACAUUUAUCAUUUGGGAAUUUAAAGUAUGUCAUCAUGGCAAAGUUUCGAAGAAGGACUUGCAUCAUUUUGUUACUUUUUAUUCUAUUUAUUUUCUCUCUGAUGAUGGGUUUAAAAAUGCUGAGACCAAAUAAAGCUACUUUUGGAGAUCCUUUUGGACUUGACCUUCUUCCAGAAGUUCGUCAACGAAUUCCUCAUUUGGCGAAAAAUGUUGAUUCCCAAAAGAGUGACAAAAUCAACAGUGAAACAAAUAUCAAGAAUUUAAAAAGUGUUGAAAUCACUGUGAAACCUUCCAAAACCUCUGAACCUAACCUGGAAGAACUGCCACCUUUGAAUUAUUAUUUACAUGUAUUUUAUUACAGUUGGUAUGGGAAUCCACAAUUUGAUGGUAAAUAUAUACAUUGGAACCAUCCAAUUCUGAAGCAUUGGGACCCUAGAAUAACCAAGGAUUAUCCGCAAGGGAAGCACAACCCCCCAGACGACAUUGGCUCCAGUUUUUACCCUGAGUUGGGAAGUUAUAGCUCUCGGGAUCCUUCUGUCAUUGAAACUCACAUGAAACAAAUGUACUCAGCUUCAAUUGGUGUACUAGCCCUUUCUUGGUACCCACCUGAUUCAAGUGAUGAGAAUGGAAUACCUACUGAUGACUUGGUACCAACUAUUUUGGAUAAAGCUCAUAAAUAUAAUCUGAAGGUCACUUUUCACAUUGAACCAUAUAAAAAUCGAGAUGAUCAAAACAUGUACGAAAAUGUCAAAUAUAUUAUAGACAAGUAGUAAUGUUAUCAUCACCACUCUUCACAAUGCUACACCGAGAAGCUACUUGAGAGAAAAUUGUGCAAAAAACAUUCCCUGGGUCGUCAUUUCCUAAAUUUCUGACUGAAAUUGAAAUCCUGCUUUCAUGGCCAUUUAAUUUUUAUUU